UGGGAGACAGAUCACUAGUUAGUUGAAAUGGAGGCUUUCAAGCUUCGGAUCCAACGCACGUAAUCUCUCUCUUCUCUCUUCUCUCUUCUCUCUUCUUCCUCUUCUCUCUCUCUAUUUUUGCUCUCUUUCUUUCUCUUUCUAAAACUCGUCGUCUAAUGGCAGAGAUCUGCUGUGUCAAAGAGAUCCAAGAAGAAGAAGACGUCGGGAAGAUCCGACCCGAAUUAGAUCUCCCUGAUCAUGAAGAUCCAACGGUCAGCGACGAAGAUGGGUGCAAGACUCCAACGUCGUCCGAUCAUAAGAUUCCGGAGGUGACGUAUACGUUAUGCCCUCCGGCUCCGAGAAAACCUAAACCAAACCGGUCUUCCGGUGCGAAACGAAAACUAACGCCGGUUAAUGUUGUUAACCGUAUACCUAUUGAUCUGAGCCGUGAGAUCGAGAUGUUCUUCGAGGAUUUGGACCGUCGGAUCAAGAAGUCACGGAAACAAUAAGAAACAAGAGAGAGACCAAGAUUGUUGCCUUUAUUGGUAGUGAUCGUUGUUCAUUCCUAAUUCAUGACUGUGUGUGGUGGUAAUUGAUCCUUUGAAUUUUUGUUUUUGUUUUUUUUUUUCAUUUUCUGUAUAAUUAAUUAGCUAAUAACAACAAUAAGAAAAUUGUGUAUCGUCAUUUAAUUUGGAUUUAUACAACUGAAACAAAGUCAAAGCUCACAUUAAUAAUUUCUUCAGUUUCAAUUUCAACAUUAACUUAC